UCUCUACAAAAAGCUCAGCUCCAGGAGGAAUACUCUUACUCUGUGGGACUAUGAUCUUUUGUCCACUUGUCCCUCUCACCUUUGGGCUCUCCGGAGAAAAGAAGCGAGAUCUCAUUUCUUAUUUCUUGGUUGGACUUUCGGUGUAGUGUAGACCCAGAAUUACUAGAGAGAGAAAGUGAUAGAGAGAGUCUCAUUGGGUUCUCUGUUUCUGUGUGCGCUUAUUGUUCUUCCGUUGACGCUCAUAUGGCCGCCAGUUGCUGAAUCUUCAAACCCUAAAGUCUGUCUUUCUCAUCUUCAAUCUCUCAACAAUUCAUCAUCCCUCUACACAACCUCAGGAAAUUAGUCUACUACCUGGCUGAAUAUCCGAUUUUCGAAUAAUGAUAGUAUCAUGUUUCGAGAGGGGUUAUGUAGGACAUUGUUAACCCACACAAAUUACUGUGGAGUUGGCGAACAUUGUCGUUAAGUCUGGAAGCACUCACAAGGCAAGGUUAAUCUAUGUGCAAAAUGUUAUCUGGAUGCUUUGAAGAAAAGUAGUCUACUUUCUUACAAGGUUAACUACUAAGAAAAGUACCAGAUUUUACCAUGGAAAAGGGCUUGUCUAACAGUCGUGGGAAGUCUAAGGAUGCGGAUGCUGUAUUGGAGAAGCAACAACGUAUGCCCAGUGAAGAAAUCCAGAGUUGUGAAGCUGAAAAUUCGUCAGAAAUUGAAAGGAAGUACCCAACGUGCGAUCAUGUUUCUACCAGUCAUUGCACAAAAGGAGAUAGUGCAAACAGUUUGAAAUCACAAUCACCUGCUGUUUCUACAUCAAGGCAUUUAGAGGUUGAACUUGGAAUUUAUCAAAAAGAAAUUUGUGCUGAAAGAACUUCAGGUUCAAUGUCUUGUAGCAAUGGAUAUGCAUCUUCAGGUCUUCAGGAUGAACAUCCUUGUAAUGGCAAUCCAAAGGGUAGUGAAGUUUCUGUACAAUCUGUAGAUGGAAUUGAUUCCGCACAGCACAUUUCUGUAAAGAGUGAUGUUAGCUCAGAUACUGGAUCUCCGCUUAUCAGAGAGAACAAUAAGUCAAAUGUUGGGAGAACGAAAGGGAACUGGAUAAAUGCUAGUGAAGAUCGUUUGAAGUCCUUCAUGCAUGCCCCUUUUCAUGUUACACAACCUAAAACCGAGUCCUCUUCUUCUAACUCAACACAUGUCAUACUUCCAGUUUCUUCUUCAAGCCACAGCUUUCAGGAAACGUCACUGGAAGCCAAGUCAUGCAAGCGCUGUGGUAGUGGCUUGAAGAAUUGUAACUGUUUGGGUUUCAAGUGUACCAUGGAAGAGCUGGCGGUAGGAAGUGUUGCAUUGGAUUUGGGUAUGGCUGCACAAAUCAGUCAAAGAGCAAUUGACAAUGUUAGAGCCAGGGAUGAUAAGAAAGUGUCGAGGAGGAUUGCAGACCACAAUUCUACAGUUGUAGAGAAGAUCAAUAUUUGGAAGUCCAGUCCAUCAAAGCAGAAAAAUGAUGAAAUUUUGAGUCAGCACAAAGAGGAGCAUUCCUGUGAGCAGGAUAACACAUUGGAGGUGGCAUGGAAAGUUGCGAGAGAAGCUGAGAAAAGGGUUGGUUUUUUUAGGGAAACCUCAGGAAGCUUCUCUUCCAUUAAAGAGGAAAAUGGUGAAGCAGUUCGCCUGAGUUCUGUGGAUUUUGCACCAUAUAAAAAAUGCUCAAUGGAAGACAGACAAGGGGUCAAAUUAUGCAAUGAACAAAGUAACUGUGAUAGUUUUUGUUCCAAUGAGGAGGUGAUGGAUCCUGAAACACCAAUGAAAAAUAAACAUUUGUUGGCUGCAGAAGGGUCAUCACAGGGCAUGGAUCCUGCAUUGCAUGAAACUAACAGUGGCCCUCAUGCGCAGGAAUCAUCUGUGUUGACUACAAAACAAGAAGUAGUUGACCAGACUCCACGUCUGAGUGGAUUUGACUUGAAUGAAGAUAUACAGGAAAGUGAAGUUGAAUACCCUAAACAUUUGGUCAAUGGAAUUGUAUCAUCUUAUAAUGUGAGCAAUUUGUCAACACCUGUACCCAUAGUGGCCAAGUCUGGAGUUCCUAUAUUCUUACCUAUUGCCCCAUUGAAAUUGGAAGGUGAACUAGGUUGGAGGGGUUCUGCUGCAACUAGUGCUUUCCGGCCUGCUGCUCAUUCCAAUGGUUCCCAUAGGCACAGAGCAUCUUCCAUCAGUGAAAAUAACUGCAGCUCAAAGCACUCGCAGGAGUUUACAGGGUUUGACCUCAAUGUUGCUGCUGCAGGAGAUGAUUGUGCCAUGGAAUUGUUGCCUAGGGAACAUGUCACCACACCUUCAGGUUACCCUUUUAAAGAGUCUUCUGUUGAAGUUGGUUCAAAACGAGCCGACAUGCUCGAUAUUGACCUAAAUCGUCCUAGUGAGAAUGAUGGAAACUGUCCUCAAUCUUCUAUACCAGUAUCAUUGUCAAGGCAAGCCAUUGUGGAUUUGGAUUUGAAUGACAAUCUGUCAUUUGUAGAUUCACGUAAUGAUGCUCACUGGCCAGGUCAAUGCAGCCAACUUUUGAGAAACAAGGGAUUGAAUAAUCCUGCUGUUUCUUUCCAGGGAAAUUCUAGACAACCAGACUUUAAUUGGGUGAGACCUGCAAAUUCAGCAGAUUUCAGUUCUAUGCAGCUCUUUAGCCAUGGUCAUGCCUUACCUUUUCUCGCGGCUGCACAAAAUGUCCGACCCCCAAUGACACAAAUGCAGAGGGAAGUUCACUUGCAACCCAUAUUACCGUAUACACCACAGACAAUUCCACCACAUGCUUACCCUUACAAUUAUGGAUUCUGCAUUGGCCCUACAGAUCCUGUAUCCUCCACAAUUCAUUCUUCAGGGGUCCUACCAUACAUGACAGACCCGCGUGGAACUACUGUCAUCCCUCAAAUGCCGGGCCCUGGUGCAUUUCCCACAUUUCCCGGGUCCCCAUAUCUCAUGGAGGUUGCUGCUGGACCAAGCCCCAAUGACAUAAAAAACUAUAGGCUCGGUUUUAAUGUAAAUGGUGGGGUAAAUUCUUCAGAGAAUGGAAGCAGGGGAGGAAAUGCAGGACAAUUUUUACUUCCGGUAAGAACUUCAUCAACGGAAGAGCAAAUGAAGUCUUUUAGACAAAUUGCUUCAUCUGCCACACCAAUGAAAAGAAGGGAACCAGAGGGAGGAUGGGACUCUUGCCAGCUUGGCUAUAGACAGGACAGCUUUGGCUUCCACAAUCUUCCUUGACCAGCUUCUUGUAGAUCUAAUGGAGCUCAAAGUUUUUUAAUAGAAGGGCACCAUGAACUAAGAAAUCAUGUCCUUGUUGAUUAUUUUUGCAAUUUGUGUUUUGCAACUUGGGUUCUAUGAAUGUAAACGUUAUUUAACUUCAAUAUAGAAAAUUACUUUUACUCGGUA